AUGGCACCAAAAUCCCGCGCUAUAACGGCGAAAGCGCUGCAAUCACUACUCGUACAUAUCGGCGCACCAUCAUCAGGAACAAAGGCAGUACUCCAAGAGCGUUUCCAACGCGUUAUCGGAAAGCCUCGACUUCCUGACAGCCAAUCACCAUGGAGAACAUCAGAGUCCGCAAGCAAGAAAUUCCGCAUCAUGAGCAUCGAUAUGGGAAUCAAGAAUCUGGCGUUCUGUGAGGCAGAAGUUUCCUAUCCGUUCACGAAUAGCCUAGAUGCGGCAAUGGAGAUUCUUAGAUGGGAAAAGAUCAAUCUUACUGAAGCCACACAUGAUGACAUUCACGAACGAUCAGAAGUUACAACUACAGAGCAAGAUACGGCGAGUGCUGAUGAAGAGUCAGACCCAUACUCUGUGGAUGCUUUGUCCAAGACAGCGUAUGGGUUGUUCAGGAACACCAUUCUGACAGGGUCACCAGAUAUCAUCUUGAUAGAGAAGCAGAGGUGGAGAUCUGGCGGUAGCAGUGCAGUGCAACAGUGGACUCUCCGCGUCAACACCUUAGAAGGCAUGUUGUGGGCGGUACUGCAAACUAUGAAUGCAGAGCGGCUGAAUGGGGGAGCUGAAGCAUUGGGUACAGGAAACGUGUACGAGGUCUUCAGUGCAGAUCCGAAACGUGUGGGACAAUACUGGCUCACUCGGGCGACUAGGAACUCUCCGGAAAUGGACGAGAAGACCGAUAGAUCCAGGGAUGGUCUAGAAGCGGGAAGCGGAGAGGAAGGAGACAAGUCAGUUGCAAAAAAGAAGCCCAGUCGAACCAAGGCAGAGAAACAAGCCAAGAUCGCUCUCCUUCGCUCAUGGCUCACUUCAACACCUGCUUCCACAGCAUCUGUAACACGCGAUUCGAUACCAAGCAUAAUGUUCAGCAUAACGCCAGGCGCCGAAGCUACCCGUGAAGCGCUGUGCGGACCACUAGAGUCAAGAAAGCCUAAGAAAGCUAAAAGAGUCUCAACAGAGCCACUUCCCACACAAGGUCAACUCAAGAAGCUGGAUGAUAUCACAGACUGUUUCUUACAAGCUGCUGCAUGGGUCAGUUGGGAGUCAAACCGCCUACAGCUUCAGGAGGUGUGGAAGCGGAAGAAGAGUGACGAUGAAACUAGGUCAGAACUGACGGAUGAGGUCUUGUUAGAGAUGGUUCAGAAGAUUGGGGAGUCUUGA